AUGCUGAUCAAGCUUGUCGCUAUAGGGGCUGCUGCUGCCGCCCUUAUUCCUGCUGUCGAUGCUGCUCCCACCAACAACACAGGGUCACUCGCGUUCCCCUUCAUCAGGAGGAGCUUAGAGGCAAGGUCCUCCAUCAUAAUCAAUUGCAAGCUUCUGUGCGCCAGCCCCAGGUGGGAAGAGGGUAAUGCUUGCAACACUGUGUGCCAAGGCAACAAGAAUGACGAGUCUGAGCACCUCAACAAGAAGCAGCGCAAAAACCUUGCGCUGGCUCUGUUCCCCGACGACGCCGACCACAUCAACACCCUCAGCAGGCACGGUAUCAAGGACUACCUUCUCGAGCACCUCGACCGCUCCCUCUUCGCGGACUCGAAGCGCCACCACCUUGACCGCCGCUGGGAUAUCUUCGACGAGCCUGGAGAUAUCAAGGACAGCCACUGCGUCAACUGUAGGGAGAUCUGCGAGUAUGGGUACAGGUACCGGCGCCCGGCAGACAUCGAGGCGUGCCGAACCGUUUGCGAUGGCGAGGAGGACGAUGAGUGCGAGUAUAUGAAUGAUGAUCAGAUGAAUGCCUACCUCACUGCGUACUUCGGUCCUAACUGGCUAUCGAUCCCCGGCCUGCUCAAGACGUGGAAAGAUUGCCACAUGGGUCGAGCCCCUUGCCCCGUGGACAACAACGACUAUGGUGAUAAGAAGCGUGCCGUCGAGCAAUCUGCUGCUGCCACCAACGCCACACUGCACCGCCUCCAAGCACGCAAGACCACCCAGGUCAAUUGCAAGUACCUCUGUGACCCCAGCACCUCCGUACACAACCAGUGCGCAUGCGGCGCUGUCUGCAAGCAUGGUCGUGACAAGCAAGACUGCAAGGAGGAAAUCCACAGAAUGUCGAAACUACGGAAGUUAACGGAAUGCUUUUUCCCUGGCGAGGCCGAGGGUUUGUAUCAAGACUGUAAGCAUGCGCAUCAUAGUCACAAAUGCUUCCAGGACUUGUUCGAUUCGCAAUGGCCGGAUAUGAAGCACUUCCACAGCUCAGGCGAUUGUUGAGAGGCUGGAAGGGAUGCUGCGGGGUGGGUACGUAAGAGAGCAAGACUGUAAGAUGCGUCGCUUUGAAGGAGGGUUUUGAUUUCUGGUCUAUUGAUUUUAUAGUAUGGUCGGUAUGGUUUUCUUCGAUUAUUUUUUUGGAAUCAUCUAUGGGGUUGCGAGUCGAUUUUCUCAAUUAUU